CACUCACUCACUCACUCCUUCUCAGCUAGUGGUGUCCAGGACUGCAACACUGUUUGUCACCAGGUUGGACUCUCCAGAUACGAUGAUACGCAUCGUGACCCUCUGCUUGAGCGCGCUCCUCCUGCUCGCACUCUGCCAGCCGGGAGAGCCACAGCGGCAGACCUCAGCGCGCCGCUCAGCCCGCGCUCCUGCCGCCAAAGUGCGUCUGGCGGGGAAUAGUGCACGAGAAGUGAACGAGGGACGAGUGGAGGUGCUGCACAACAACACGUGGGGAACUGUUUGCGAUGACGAGGUGGACAUCAAGCUGGCCAAUGUGGUGUGCCGCGAGCUGGGCUUCCAGACUGGAAUCACGUGGGCACACAGCGCCAAGUAUGGUCAAGGAGAAGGCCCCAUAUGGAUGGACAACGUGCGCUGCGAGGGCUCGGAGGCGUCCCUGAGCGACUGUAAUCACAACGGCUGGGGGGUGAACGACUGCAAACACAAAGAGGACCUGGGCGUGGUGUGCACCCCCGAGCGCCGGCUGGACCCCACGGCCGCCAGGGCCAACUCCGUGGCCCUGCGGCCCCACGUCAGCCCCUCGCCCCACUGGCAGAGCAUCCUGGCCAGCCGCCGGAACCCCUACCAGGGCUACUACGGCAACGGGCACCCCCAGGAGCUGCCCCGGUUCCACCGGCCCCCGCACCACUACCAGCGCCAGAGCCGGGUCCAGAUCGAGGAGGUCCGUUUGCGGCCGAUCCUCAUGGCCACAAAGAAGAAGACGCUGGUCACGGAGGGAGUGGUGGAAGUGAAGCAUGCUGGGAGAUGGAGGCAGGUGUGUGACCUGGGCUGGAACCUCAACAGCAGUAGAGUGGUGUGUGGGAUGCUGGGCUUCCCCCAGGCCACCCAGCACAACACAAAGACCUACAAGAAAAUCUGGGACACCAAGGUCGCCGAUCCCUCCACCAGACUGAGCAUCAUGUCGAAGAAGAAGGGCUUCUGGGUGGAAAAGGUGCAUUGCAUGGGCACUGAGAACAGCCUAUCAGAGUGCCAGACGCAGCUGUCCAUCGCCCGAAGCCCCUCCCCUUGCAAGAACGGCAGGCAUGCGGUGGCCAAGUGUGUAGCGGGACCCCAGUUCGCACGCAUGUCCUCUGGAAGGCCGCAGGCCCCCGACCCCAUCGUGCCCGUGCGUCUGAAGGCAGGGCCCAGGCUUGGUGAGGGUCGUGUUGAGGUCCUGAAGGAAGGGAAAUGGGGCACCAUCGUGGACCACCUGUGGGACAGGACAGCGGCCAGCGUGGUAUGCAGGGAGAUGGGCUUCGGAACCGCCAAGGAGGCCCUGAACGGAGCCUUUAUGGGCCAAGGUACGGGCCCCAUCCACAUGAACUCUGUCCAGUGCCUUGGGAUGGAGAGAUCCAUCCUGGACUGCUUCUACCAGGAAGUCCCCCUGUGGACGUUCAAACACAACCGGGACUCUUCAGUGCGCUGCAACAUUCCUAAGACGGGCACGGAGCCAACGGUGGGUUCACAUCUGACCGCUCUGAGAGCCACCCGACGUCCUGUUUCACCCCUGGCCGUCCGUCUGAUCCACACUGUAUCCAUCCUCUCUCAGGUGCGCUUGUCUGGGGGCCGACUUCCAGGGGAGGGCCGCCUGGAGGUGUUGAUGGAGGUGGACGGCCGGAAGCGCUGGGGGUCCGUCUGCAGUGAGAGCUGGGGCAUCAACGAGGCCAUGGUGGUCUGCCGUCAGCUGGGGCUGGGCUUCGCCUCCAGUGCCCACCAGGAGACCUGGUACUGGACCGGGGACCCUACCGCGGCCGAGCUGGUGCUCAGUGGGACGCACUGCGUGGGCACCGAGCUGUCCCUCCAGCAGUGUCGCCGCAACACCCAGCUGCACUGUCCGCGAGGAGGCGGGACCAAGGCGGCGGGCGUCACCUGUUCAGAGACCGCCCCGGACCUGGUGCUGGACGCCCAGCUGGUGCAGGAGACGGCCUACCUGGAGGACAGACCGCUGCACCUGCUGAGCUGCGCCAACGAGGAGAGCUGCCUGUCGUCGUCGGCGGCGCUGAUGACCUGGCCCCACGGCCACCGCCGCCUGCUGCGCUUCUCCUCCCGCAUCAUGAACCUGGGCCGCUCCGACUUCAGGCCCAAGGCCACCCGGGAGAGCUGGACCUGGCACCAGUGUCACAGGCAUUACCACAGCAUCGAGGUGUUCACACACUACGACCUGCUGACCCUCAACGGGACCAGAGUGGCUGAGGGACACAAGGCCAGCUUCUGCCUGGAGGACACCUACUGCCCCGAGGGCCAGCAGAAGCGCUUCUCCUGCUACAACAUGGGCGACCAGGGGAUCUCGGUGGGCUGCUGGGACACCUACCGCCACGACAUCGACUGCCAGUGGGUGGACGUGACGGACGUGAAGCCAGGGGACUACAUCUUCCAGGUGGAGGUGAACCCGGCUCUGGACAUGGCUGAGUCCGACUUCAUGAACAACGCCAUGAGGUGCCGGUGCAAGUACGACGGCCAGAGGGCGUACAUGUACGGCUGCCACGCAGGCGAUGCAUACAGUGCUGAGAAUGAGGACCUGUUUGAGCACCAGAGGCAGAUCACCAACAACUUUGUGUAGGUGAUCCGGAGAGGAGGGGGGGGGGGGGGGCAGAGAGAGACUGCUCAGGCCCUGCCGAGGUCACAUGGAUUCAGAACCUCUACAAGAAAGAAACCUGUUCAAACCAAAUGGCCCCAGUCUAUCUCCCUGAAUGGUGUGGAUGAGACCGGCCCCAUCAGAGGUGAGACCAUCACAGAGACGCCGUUAACGGCUAGAGCCUAACGGGGGCUCUGACCUAGUCUGGGCUCCGGUUCAAGUCACAAGUAACGCACCCAAACUACAACGCCUUCUGUGAUGUGGCACCCGGAGCACUCUUUAUUUAACUACUCAAGAUUAACUAUGAAUCAUUCCUAACUGUAGCAGCCUGACCUUGGAGACUAUUAGUGAAACACAAUGAUGGGAAUAUUUUUCAAAUAUGAAAAAAAAGAGAACCUGAAAAAUAAGUAAUGUAUGUACUGUAGCGAAAUAUCGUUAGUUACUCCAAUUUACAGGGUACCGAUGGUAUUUGAGAUCAAUAGAUGCUGGAACUCAUGACAUUAUUUGAAUUGUACUUCUCAAUUAUACUGUAUUUUUAUUAACCUCACUCCAUUGUAGUUAAACAUUUUUGUAUUAUUUUAAUAACUUUUUAUUGGUAUUUUAUUUUUGGAUUAGGUAUCAUUUAAUUAUUUUAGUAUCAUUUCAUCUUUGGGGUUUAGAAUAAUGACAUCAACUUUGUCUCAUCAAAAUGCAGAAACUCAAAAUGCAACUUUUUUUGUGUCCCAAAAAAAAUGUCUAAUUAGUAUCGAAAACAGCAUGUUUCGCAAAAGCCUGUCUUUUGCGAAACAUGCUUUUAAGAUGUGAGUUUUACUUGAGCAAGUGAAAUUCAGAACUUGUUGCUUAUAGCUUUAAUUUGCAAUGUAUUAUUUAUAUAGUAAUGUAAUUUAUUCACAGGUUUCUAUAUGCAGACACGCAUGCUUAGCAAUGAUUUAGCAUUGUUCAGACUUUUAUUUUUUAGUUACAAAUACUUUUUGUUCAAUCGUAUAUAUAAUGUCAAUUCAGAACCAUUUUAUGGGAGGAUUUUAAAGGAGAGUCCCCAGGAUUCCAGAAAAUCUGCGUUAAAAAGGUUCCUUUUUGGAACUCUCAAAACCGCUUUUUUUUGUAACGCUUAAAACUCCCAACUUUUCCUUGUCGUCCUUUAGAUUUAUCUGAAGGGAGCUGGAAACAGCCACAGUGCUAUGUGGUGGUGGCUGCCGGGCUUUAGAGCGUAUAAAAAGCCUUUUAAUUAGCUAGGUUAGGGUUACGGUUACGUUGCACGCUAUAGAGAGAGUGCGAGGGGGGACAGUAACGUAUGUGCGUAGAGGCAAAGAAGAGCACACAGUUUGACUUUGUUGUACAAUUGAGGACAAUCCAAGAGUGAGGAAGAAAGUAGGGCUUGACUGGAAGAGGUUGGGAGUGAAUCACAGGCAGUAAGGGAGUAGGAUCCAAAGUAGAGGAAGGGAAGGACACCAAACAAAGGAACUUGGAUAAAGAAUGCUUUUUAACCAUUUGUACACAAGGCAACCGACCGCAUGCCACAUUUACAGUUCCACAAGCGAACAACAUGUUUGUCUGGGCAGAAAGAUCUGUGUUCCUUCAGCCAUGGCCCGAUGACAUUGUUUUGUGCCCAUUAUUUGUUACAUCACAAUUUUAUUUUUUUCAGCCUUUGACCGAAGCAUUUAUGACUACCAACUAUGCUUGACCUCAACUGGUCCAGAUAAUAUUUUCGUUUUUUUAGAUUUUCUACUUGUUUUAGGUGUGUGUCUUGUCUUCGGUAGUUAAAUGGGAACGGGACAAUUUUCACAGACAUUGUUGUGGUUUCAAAUUACUACAAGAACGGAGGUUGGACUUGGUUCCUUCAAGGGAUUUCCCUGGUCUGUUGCUGGGAUUUCCUCAUUCUCAAACCAUUAAGAAUCCCUGGGUUACACUAGUUACACACAGCCCAAACUCAUCCUAGUUCCGGGCUACAGGUUCAGAAUAGUAUUUCCCUUAACACAUCUCUGUUACUAUGUGCUUGUUUACAGUUGCUUUCAUCUGUUGAGUGCUGUUGUCAUUGUUCUGUGUUAUUUAAUUUUUUGUAUUCCAUCCAUAGUCACUUAUACACUAAUAUAAUGGAUCAUCACUCUAACAAUAUCUCAAUAAUGCAAUGGUAUCUGUGCUUCAGGGAUGCAUAUGUCUUUGGCUUUUGUCUUUGGCUUUGGAUAUGUCGUCUUAUGUUUGUUGUCACUACAUCCCAUAGUGUGUGUUUGUGUGUGUGUGUCUCUCUCUCUUAAAGACAGGGUCUGCAUGUACUACAUCUAUAUUCACAGAAAUAUCUGCUCUCAGGGAUCAUAAUAUAUCAUACCUCCAAGAGUUCCAUAAUCAAUAAUGUGAUCUGGCUUCGUUUCUUUGUGACGCUUGCAGCUGACAGAUUCAUUUCUUUGAAGUGAACAAAGCUUGUCAAAGGUGAUCUGUUUGUAUGCUGGCCGUAGGCAUUGAAGCGAUUCAUGUGUUUUUUAAGUAAAAGCAUCAGAUAUUGUGACCCCUGGGGAAAAAGGAACAGUCAAUGCUGGUUGAGGUGCAAGCACAGUCGGUAAAAAAAAGAGUCAGCCUUAACCAACCAAGCUUCAUCAUUCAUUCAUUCGUUCAUUACUGUGAAUUAAUAAAACUUUGACACAAACUA